GAAAACAGGCAAGGGUCAAAACUAACAGGAGGACUAGCAAAAGAGUGAAUAUCAAAAACAGGAGCACGGGAAAACAUGCUGGUUGACUUGAAACAGACAAGACCAACUGGCACAGAGAGACAGGAAACACGGGGAUAAAUACACUGGGGAAAAUAAGUGACACUUUGAGGGGGUGGAGACAAUCACAAGGACAGGUGAAACAGAUCAGGGCGUGACAAUAUCAGACUUUCACAACAAGGUCCAAAUUCAGAUGUUAUCUGUGUACAGCAGCGAAGUUCCUCCUCUGUUAUAGACCAGUUACAACAACCUGACCGACUGAGGAGAGGCCAUCUUCAGGCAAAGCUUUGUUACUAAGUUUCUCAAAGUGUUGUCAUGACGUUGCCCUCUUUGAGUACAGCGAGCACCAUCCCCCGCUCUCUGCUUCUACAACCAGAAGGAAGACCCUGCCUCCUGGACACACAGUAUUAGAGAGAGGGUAAACUUUCACAGAGGACAAAGGAAAUCCUUCCACCUCACAGAACUUGAGAGGGAGUCUAUGAAAUCCCAGAUGGAUUUGAAGAAGACGAGCCUGAUACAAUGAAGAACACAGACAUUGAUGGAAAAUUAUAUGCCAACGUAAGAGCCUUCAAGCCCAGUCCAAGACAUGGAGUUGUUGCUUCAGUACAUGUUCAGUGGUGGAAGAGACCCUCUGGAGUUGCUGCAGUGUGUCUGGGGCUGCUGUGUGUUCUCCUACUGGCUGGGAUCAUAGGCCUGUCUGUCUACUAUGGAGUCAUUGAUAAUCACAACUCAACACAGAGAGACCAGCUACAGACCAGUUACAACACCCUGACUAAAGAGAGAGACCAGCUACAGGACAGCAACAGCCUUCUGACUAAAGAGAGAGACCAGCUACAGACCAGUUACAACACCCUGACUAAAGAGAGAGACCAGCUACAGACCAGUUACAACACCCUGACUAAAGAGAGAGAACAGCUACAGACCAGUUACAACACCCUGACUAAAGAGAGAGACCAGCUACAUUCUGACAGACUUUUUCUUAGCGGGAGGCUUACCAAUCUCAAACAAACCUGUCCUGAAGGCUGGCAGAAGUUUGAAUCCAGUUGGUACUUCCUGUCUACUGAGACUAAAACCUGGAAUGAGAGCAGAAAGGACUGUCUGGAGAGAGGAGCAGACCUGGUGAUCAUAAACAGUGAUAAGGAACAGGAGUUUCUCUUCAACCUCAACAAGGGAGUCUGGAUUGGUCUGACUGACUCUGUUACUGAGGGGAACUUGAUAUGGGUGGACGGCACCCCACUGACGACCCCAAGGUACUGGCCUCCACAUCAGCCUGAUAAUGGUGAUGGCAAACCAGAAUAUGGUGAGGAGGACUGUGUUCACAUACGUGAAGAACAGAGUCCUCGAACGUCAUGGAAUGACUUGUCAUGUGACAGCAAACUCAACUGGAGCCUGGUUGAUCAGGGAAGAGACCCUUCCUAGUUGCUGCAGUGUGUCUGGGCCUGCUGUGUGUUCUACUGGCUGGGAUCAUAGGCCUGUCUGUCUACUGUGAGUUUGUGUCCAAGUUCAUUGCUUAUCACCAAGUUGUCAGAAGUGCUGGUUACUAAGCCUAUUUACCUGCUGUUUUACCUAGUAACUAUGUGUUUAUACUGUGUAGAUAACAGAGAAAUCACUAAAAGGAACAACUUGUUCCAGAGUUUUUCCCUUUAUAAAAUCAACACAACUGAAUAGAGAGACCAGCUACAGACCAGAUACAACAACCUGACUAAAGACAGAGACCAGUUACAGACCAGAUACAACAACAUGACUAGAAAGAGAGACCAGUUACAGACCAGAUACAACAACCUGACUAAAGAGAGAGACAAGUUACAGACCAGAUACGACAACAUGACUCGAGAGAGACCAGUUACAGACCAGUUACAACAACCUGACUGAAGAGAGAGACCAGUUACAGACCAGAUACAACAACCUGACUAAAGAGAGAGACCAGU